UAACAUGCGAGAUAAAUGACAAUGAGAUACUUUGAAAGAAAAUGCUUAACUAGUGUUGGUGAUAUUACUACCACACAAAAAAAAACCUUGUUGAAUUUUUCAUAUUUUUCAGUUUUCACUAACCCUUCACUAUCCCCAGUUUCCAUUCUUCAAGUUCUGCAUCUUCUAAUGGCGCUCUCUGCAACAUUUAUGCUUCCUUCUUCUCCAAGCUCGAACCUUUGCACCAAAAUUCGUAGACCCUUUCUCUCUCACUCCGUCAAUCUCAUUACCCCACUGAAGAUCCGGGCUUCAACUACUCUGGAUUACUCCAACGUCUCUGUCAACGACAAACCCUCCCCAUUGAAGACUGGUAAUUGGCAAUGGAAAUUCAAGGAUAAUUCUGUGAACAUUUAUUAUGAGGAGCAUGUAAAGGAGAGUACGGAGCCUUACCAAAAUAUCUUGAUGAUGCCAACCAUUUCUGAUGUUAGCACUGUUGAGGAGUGGAGAUCAGUUGCUGGAGACAUUGCUCAACGUAAUGGCAGUCGCAAUUGGCGGGCAACUAUUGUUGAUUGGCCUGGUUUGGGUUAUUCUGAUCGGCCGAAGAUUGAUUAUAAUGCUGAUGUCUUGGAAAAGUUUCUAGUAGAUUUCAUCAAUUCCCCCAAUGGUCCAAUAAAACAAUCAGAAAGCGAUUUGGUAAUUUUUGGAGGUGGGCACGCUGCAUCGAUAGUACUCCAUGCUGCAAAAAAGGGUCUGGUGAAGCCCAAAGCUAUAGCUGCUGUUGCACCAACUUGGGCUGGUCCCCUUCCUAUUGUAUUUGGUCGAGAUUCCUCCAUGGAAACACGGUACGGUCUUCUAAGAGGGACCUUAAAGGCCCCUGCAGUUGGCUGGAUGAUGUAUAACAUGCUUGUGAGCAAUGAGAACGCGAUCCAAUCGCAGUACAAAUCCCAUGUAUAUGCCAACCCUGAUAACGUUAGUCCAGAAUUUGUGGAAAGCAGAUAUGCAUUGACAAAACGAAAAGGAGCGCGAUACUUGCCUGCUGCAUUCCUGACCGGGCUACUAGACCCCGUGAAAUCUCGCGAGGAGUUCCUUGAACUAUUUGUGGAUUUCGAGGGGAAGAUACCGGUGCUUGUUGUAUCAACCAAAGGAUCUCCUAAGAGGUCUAAGGCUGAGAUGGAAGCUCUCAAGGGAGCUAAAGGAGUGAGCAAGUUUGUGGAAGUGCCAGGCGCUCUUCUUCCACAAGAGGAGUAUCCUUCUGUGGUGGCAGAAGAGCUUUAUCAAUUCUUGCAAGAAUAUUUUGGCUCUGCAGCUUAAAUUGACACUUCCUUUUAUGAAGCGGGGAAUAUCAAUGUUACUGGUGUUCUGCAGCUAUGUUGGUUCUGUCUUCAGAGGCGCAAGUAGUUGAUGGAAAGGAAGAAGUGUGUCCAAGGACAGUAUACAUCUUUAUGUAAUGUGCUUUAUUUGAUUACUAUAGAAACCUCUUUUACAAUGAGAAUGAGUUAUACAAACAUCAAAUGAUUUCCGAAACAUAUUUGAAAA